UACCUCUUCACCUCCAAACACACUCGCACCAAUUCACUAAUCAAUCAAUCAAAAUUACAGACUAAAGAUGGACUCUUCACCUUCCGACUAUGACGUCAUUGUCAUCGGCGCCGGAGUCAUGGGCAGUUCCACCGCAUAUCAAGCUUCCAAAAGAGGCCUCAAAACUCUCUUGCUUGAACAAUUCGACUUCCUCCAUCACCGUGGCUCCUCUCACGGUGAAUCCCGCAACAUCCGUGCUGCCUAUCCCGAACACUAUUACUCCUCUUUAGUCAUCAAAUCAUACAAACUCUGGGAACAAACCCAAGCCCAAGUGGGCUUCAACGUUUAUUACAAAGCCCAUCACUUUGAUAUGGGCCCAUCAAAUGAUCCCACUAUUCUUUCCAUCAUUGAAAACUUCCGGGAGAAUAACCUCCCUUAUCAACUCCUUCGCCGUGAACAAGUCAACGAGAAAUUCUCCGGCAGGGUUAAUAUCCCAGACGAUUGGGUUGGUUUGUCAACAGAGUACGGCGGAGUAAUCAAAGCCACAAAAGCUGUUACAAUGUUUCAGACACUCGCACGUAACCACGGUGCAGUGUUAAAGGACAAUGUUGAAGUUACAGAUAUAAAAAACGACGGUGCCGGUGUUGUUGUUUCAACCGCGAACGGUGAAAAGUUUCGCGGUAAAAAAUGUGUGGUUACGGUAGGAGCAUGGGUGAACAAAUUACUGAAGAAGGUUAGUGGAGUUGAACUUCCGAUUCAACCGUUGGAGACUCUUCUUUGUUACUGGAGGAUAAAGGAAGGACAUGAAGGUAAAUUUACAAUUAGCGGCGAUUUUCCGACGUUUUCUAGCUUCGGCAGUGUUUUAUUGUAUGGAUCACCAAGUUUGGAGUUUCCGGGUUUGAUUAAAGUUGCGGUUCAUGAUGGUAACCCGUGUGACCCGGAUAAGAGACCUUGGGGAUCAGGUGUGAUGAUGAAUGAGAUGAAAGAGUGGGUUGAAGGGAGAUUUGGUGGGUUGGUUGAUUCAAGUGAGCCUGUUGUGAAACAAUCUUGCAUGUAUUCUAUGACUCCUGAUGAGGAUUUUGUGAUUGAUUUUUUGGGUGGUGAGUUUGGUGAAAAGGUUGUUUUGGGUGCCGGGUUUUCGGGUCAUGGGUUUAAGAUGGCUCCUGUUAUUGGGAAGAUAUUGACUGAGCUUGUGGUGGAUGGGGGAACAAAUGAGGUUGAUUUGAAACAUUUUAGGAUUGGAAGAUUUAAUAAGACCUCCAAGCAUUAGUGUUCACGAAUCACGACUGGUUUGGUUUGACCGGCUGGAUGUGCGGAAGGUUUUGGUUACGCAUCGUAUGAUUGUGAUGGUCUAAAUUGGUUACCUCUGAAUGCACAUUCCUUUAAAGAUGAGUCAUAGACUUGUACAUUUUCAUAAAUUGGCUAUUAGGCACUAUUUACAAAGCACACAUAAAAUUAGGUUUGGAUAACGGAUCGAAUGUUUAGCUUCCACUAACUUUGUAAAAUGUUUAGAUGACUGUAAAAACUGAAGAACUAGUGUGCAGUUAAGCUGUUUUCUGUGAAUUGGCUUAUGGUUCUUGUCCACAAUAAUGCAGACAUGCUUUAUUUGUUUUCUUUGAUUAAGCUCUACUAUGAUGCUGUUAUUUUUCCUGAUUCUGUUCACUUGAAAACUGUUAUGUAUAAUGUAUGCAUAUUGAUAUAUUUCUAAUCUUUUUGAACAAUGGAUAAA